AUGAAUGUCAAUCCUUUUGCGCAAUUCUUUCGCCAGCUAAAAGAUUAUUCAAGUUUUCAGAAUUUAGAAAUUUGGAUUGCUUCCAAUGCUAAACUAGAUCAACGUGUCUACAACAAACUAUCCGUAGAUCAAAUUGUUGGUAUUUGGAUAGAUAGAAACAACCCCAAUGUGCCAUUUGAUCGAGAGAUUAUUGUUCAUGAGCAUUCAGGCAAUAUGCAUAGAGUUAAACAUUAUUAUGGUUGUUAUGACCCACUUCAAUGUCCUUUACUUUUUCCAAAUGGUGAACCAUGUUUGACAAUGAGCAACAAGGUGUACGACAAGGAGGUAAACAUUGUGUCUCUUGUAGAGAAUACUAUUGCUAUAAACUACAAAUAUGCAAACAAGACAGCACAUAUCCUAGCUGGAGAAAUCAGAGGAGCUAAAGUUGGUCAAAGAGUAGUACUUCCUACAUCAUUCAUCAGAGGUCCUAGGGACAUAUGUCGCAGAUAUAUAGAUGCAAUGGCUUUGGUUCAACAUUUUGGAAAACCAAAUCUAUUUAUCACAAUGACAUAUAAUCUCAAUUGGGUGGACAUCAAAGAAAAUUUAAUUAAAGGACAACUUCCUCAAGACAGACCUGAUUUAGUGACUAGAGUCUUUAGAGCAAAGUUACAGGAUUUAAAAGAUCAAAUCUUUAAGAAAAAGAUAUUUGGUUCCGUUGCAGCAAAUGUUUUUGUGGUUGAAUUUCAGAAAAGAGGACUACCACACAUACACCUUCUGUUAAUACUUGAACAAGGAUACAAGAUAACAUCACUAGAUGAUUAUGACAAGUUUAUUUCUACUGAACUUCCUGACAAAGAAAAAUUUCCAAUCUUACAUGGUUUGGUUGUCAAGCAUAUGAUGCAUGGUCCGUGCAAAAAAAAUCAUCCAGGAAAUUCAUGCAUGAAGGAUGGACAAUGCAAGAGUCAUUAUCCUCGGUCAUUUAAUAAUAAAUCAAAACAAGGAAAAGAUGGAUAUCCUAUUUAUAAGAGACGAAAUGAUGGAAAGAAGGAAAAAGUAUGA